AUGAACAACUAUGUGCUUAAUGACGAGAUCGGCCAGGGUGCUUACAGCACCAUUUACAAGGGCCGCUAUCGCACCACCACCGAGUUCUAUGCCAUUGCUUCCAUCGACAAGAAGCGACGGGAGCGCGUCGUGAAUUGCGUGCAGCUGCUGCGCUCCAUGCACCACUCAAACGUCAUAGAGUUCCACAACUGGUAUGAGACCAACAAUCACUUGUGGAUCAUUACGGAGUACUGCACAGGCGGAGACAUGAGCACGAUUCUCCGCUCGAGCAUUCACCUCACCACUCGGGCGGUCCAGGCGUUUGGCCGUGAUGUGGCGAUGGGCCUCAUGUACAUCCACAGUAAGGGUGUCGUGUACAAGGACUUGCAGACUCGAAAUCUGCUGAUGGACUCCGCAGCGAUGCUGCGCUUCCACGACUUUAGCUUGGCCUGUCUCUUCCACGACGCAGCGACACCACCGCUGAUCGGGACGCCACUGUACAUGGCCCCCGAGUUGUUCAUGGCGGAUCGCCCGUUGUACUCGAUGGCAUCAGACUUGUGGUCCUUUGGCUGCGUGCUGCACGAGCUGGCGACCGGCAAGCCGCCCUUUGCCGCAUCCGACCUCGAGACGCUGCUGAGCGACAUACUGACGAGUCCGACGCCAACGGUGCCCGAUGCGCCGGAGUUUUUUCAAACGCUCCUGUGCGGCCUGCUGGAAAAAGACCCGUUGAAGCGCUACACGUGGGCCGAUGUUGUCCGCAGCGAGUUCUGGGAUGAGCCCUUGCAGCUGCCAAGCAACGGCUUUCCAUCUCAGGUGGCGUGGGAAGACUACAAGCGUUCGCGUUCUGGACGCGCCGCGAGUCAGUAUAAUUGGACGGACGCCGAUGUGCGCGCGGCAGUGGCGCACGCCGUGGCGGCUGCGAAAUCAAACACUUCUACGCACAACGUGGAGGAGAGGGAGCGAGCGGCGGCGACGUUGAACGUCGCGAAGGAGCUGGACUUCACGGCAAGCGCGGCGAUGCUGCUGGAACGGUUACCUGAGCGGACACAGGAGCGUGCCGCAAACACAGUUGGCCAUGUCACGACCGCGUACGGCAGCCUGGUGCACGGCUGCCCAUCCACGACCUCAGCGGCGUUGAAUACCGUCAACGCCAACGGCUCUUCCCCAAGUGGCGUUUCGACCUUUCGCCGGAGUCGUCUCAGCGAAUCGAAAAACAGUGGCGGCGACCCACAGCGGCAUCGUGUGAGCAAGGGACGCGGUGCGGCAAGCAGUCGAGCGUCUGGUAGCGCCGCCAUAGCGUAUGAAGGCGGACGCGCCGCGUACGCGACGAACUCCGGAGCCAAGGAGGACCGCCCGACCGAGGCGAACUUGCAUCUCUUCGGGAGCGAGGCGCUACGUCAUCUCACAAUCAGCGACCUCCUUCCUCAUCAUACGGAUCAGCACAUUCGUCCUCUGAGCAACAACAGCCGCAUCGAGUACACACCCGAGCCGUCGUACGACAUCUCCACGCUGGGCUUUACGGCGCUGACGGCGGCGGAGAUCAACAAUCUCACGGGUAAGGAACACACGGCGUUUUUCCGCUCGCUCUACCUGGCCCUCUCCAACAUGAGCAGCGGUUACGAUAAUGUGCUCAAUACCAUGAACUACGUCAUUUCGCUCUGCGGUGACGCGGAGGUGGCGCGCGCCUCGGUUAACAGCUCCGUGAUGCGGCUGUGUGUGAAGCACGCGGGCCGCAGGGAUGCACCAGCGGGCUUUCGCGCGGCGGCAGCGCUCAUUAUGGGGCUCUUGGUGCGCACAACAGCCUUUAUCACGUCGGAAGUGGCCUCCUCGUCUAUCCUGCCAGACAUUAUGCAGCUGUUUGAAGACGAAACAAAUGUGCCGGUGAAGCGCAAGCUGCUCUCCUGCAUCGGGGAGUUUCUUUUCUACAUCGCUGUUCAGCAGAAGAGGCAGCGCGCCGUGUGGAACGUGCAGUCGGCCACUGUGAAGCGCAUCUACGUCUCGGCGUUGGACUCCGACGACGACGUGCUGAAGCAUUAUGCGGCAAAGAUGAUAGAGAACAUGGCAUCCACUCCGCAGCGGGAGAUGACGCUGGAGCUGUUUGCCGACCCAGUCUUUGUGGAGAAGCUGCUGGCAGUGUUCGCGCUUCCCUCGGUGGAGGGUCGGAGCGAGGACAUGCGCUCCGAUGCGGCGUGCGCGGCGUUCAAGCUCGCCAUGGUGAAGGAUGAGCUGAUCCUCGCUGUCAUGCAGUGCAAGUGGCUGCGGGUGACGUCGUACGCAACUGUGAUGCAGCGAUCUACUCUCACGCACACGAUGCAGAUCCUGCUGACGUUCCUCAACUACGCCAUCGUAAAGGGCUUGGUGACGCUACAAAGUCCGUUUGCUCGAUUGUGGUCGCAGGCCUCUCUUGACUCGCACAGCAGCGGCAGCGGCGGCAGCAGUGGUCGCCGAGGCUCUACCUUGACGUCCUCGCUCAGCGUCGAGGAUGCGGAGGAGGUUGUCGGCAACGCGUUGUUCGUGAGUGAAGACUUGCUGGAGCACCUGAGCGAGGCGAUCGAGCAGGCGCCAGUCGCUGUCUACGGCAAAACACUGCUCUUCGUGAUGCUCAUCGGCUGCGUCGGCGGGAGUACCAUCUGCCAAAUCCUCAACAGCCGCAUCGUCGCCUUCCUCGAUCGCCUCGUCCGCGACGCGGACUCGUAUGUGAAGCGCUGUGGCGCAGCCUUGUCGGCCUUCCUUGCCUGGUUCGUGUCUGAGAAGCUCGCAAGUAUUGCGCGGCGCGUGUCUUCGACCUCGACGGCGACGCACCUCGCUGCCAUUCAGCAGUUGCUGAACAACUCCGCUGUGCGCGGGGGCAUCGACUUCCAAAAGGAUGUUUUCCAGAGCCUCUCGACCUGCAUUGACAAGGCCAUGAAUAACACGAUCUACGGCACCUACAGGGAGGAAUUCAACAGCAUUGCCGACCGCUUUGUCGAGAACCCGGAGGAGGUGCUGCGGUAUGAAGAGAACAUAUGCCUGUACCUCGCCACUUCCUACGCAGAAAUGCUGCGACGCAAGGGGGCGAGCGGCCGCUUCACUGCUAUUCGUUUUUUGACGUCUGUCAUGGUGCCCAUCUCGGCCGAGGUGACGGCGACGCGCAAGGAGAGCAGUGGCGCCACGUCGGCUGCACGCCAGGUGCUGAACGCGGUGGCGCCGAAUGUUGCCUCUCUCUUGCAAGAGACAAGCCCGAUCCCCACAAACACGAUGCGGCUUCUCGUGACGUGCGGCGAGAUGGCUCAGAGCAAGCUCUCCGGCCUCGUAUCGGAGGAGCUACUGGGCCACAUUCUGGACUACCUGAAUGGAAGUGGGGAUGGCGACGAUAUGUACUACCCGCUCUCUUUCAUUCACCUCUGCUUACUGGUGAGCCAGCGGGUGGAUAUCUUCGACUACGUCGUGCGCCAGGGCCUGUGCGCGCUGGCCCUCGAGACGCUCGCGUCAGCCGCCACGAGCAAGAAUGAGCCGCUGGUGGAAUUGUGCUGCAACCUUUUGGCUGUGGUGGUGCGUCGCGUGGCGGAGGACCCGUCAUCACGGGUAGCGGCGCAGUGCGCCGGCUGUGUGCAGGACUCCAUCGUCUCUGUGUUGCUGCCCAUUUGCGCCGGCACAGCCAACAGUAUUGCUCUGAUGGAGUCCGCCGCUUCUGUGAUAGAGGACUUUGUCCGUCUUUCGUCAGUAGCUCGCAACGACCUCACCUCGGCAUCCACCAUCGAGAUGUGGGUGGAGGCUUUGUCCACUGCGCUUCUGUCAUCGGCGAGGCGCGCCGUAGCCGUGAGUCUGCUGGCAGCUCUGUCCACGUUGUGCGAGUCCAUCUCGCGCGACGUGCUCCAGGAACUCCAGUGUGAUUCGCGCCUCAUGUCAGUGCUGGCCAACGCCGCCGACUGCACGCACAUGCGCCUAGUCGCCAGCGAGGCGAACAAGAUUCUGAAGAAACUCUCCUAG